UGACACCCUAUAAGAGGCAGAGCAGAUAUACAGCGACCUCAGAAGAAACUGCCCUCUAAACUGAGAAGCAUCUUGCAUCAACUGAAAAUGAGAGUGCUCUGUAUCGUUUUUGUCUUGGUGCUGUGUGUGUGCCGACGAGCUGUAGGAGGUGUGCAGGUUAAAGUUGGAGACAGGAGCUUCCCCUUGGAGGCAGUGAAGCAGCUGAUGGAGCUGAUGGAUUUAGAUGACAACGUGAGCCCUCAUCUCGCUGAGACGAGCAUUGUAGCUGUUUGCACCAACCCUGUCCUACCGCAAGUGUUUCGGCCAGUGUGCCAAGGGAAGGGAGCAGCCAUUGUCUUCUCCAAACUAGUGUCUAUCAUCACAUCUGCAGAUCCUUGUGAAAUAUGUGCCAACCCCUCCUGCUUUGGGUGUUUGGGCUGACACUGCCAUCUGCGAGACACACUAACACAUUGACUGAGAGCGUCUGGGGCUGUCUUCCUGCAUCGUUCUUUCACAUUUAUAUGUACAUUCUACAAGGUAUACGUGGAUACAUGGUCCUGCCACCUAGCAACCAAUGGGUAUCAAGGCUCAGUCAUCAAUUUUGUUACAUACACAAAACUGAGUUAUUCACUAUUGUUGCAUUCAUUUAAAAAAAAGAAGUUUUGAUAGAUCUGUCUAUAGAUAGAUCUGUCUGACACCUGUCAGUGUCAAAGCGGGCGUUCUGUAGUGUUUGAAUAUUACUUUGUUGUCUUUAACUUUCUUUCAUAUUGAACUGUUAAUUUAUUAAGUCUGAUGCAUUGAUAAUUAAAAAUAUGAUAAUUAAAAAUAUGUACUAUUUGCAUCCUUUUAA